AUGUCUUUGCGGAUUCUUUUCCUCCUCUCCGCUAUCGCUUUUACUUCCUAUGGAAGCCGAUGCAAAUUUCGUGAAAGCAGAGUAAAUGAGCAAGUGAUUCGAGUUCCUCGCAACUGUCGUGGAAAAGCAUGGAUGGCCGGAGAGGAGUACUGGUCAUCUGUGGGUUAUGAUGGGAGGCUGAAGGACGGCCGAACAACAAACGACUUCCUCACGUUCCCCCAAUCGGGGGGAGGACAAGUGCGUGAUGGAUGGGUGGCUUAUUGGAUCACCAAGAGUAGAUACGGACAAGGCGUUCACUACGAAGUGUUCGGCCACGCCUACGUAAGGAGCGAUGGACGAGUCUGUGCAUGGUUCGCCGGACGAGAUAGGGAUGCGAUUGAACUUUGUGAAGGUUUCCGUGUGCUCUCACGCAGCCGAACCAAUCCGAACGAGGAAGUACCUUUCGAAUGGGUUCUUGCUGGCUAUGCAAGGCCAAGAGAGAGUAUCGGUUUCCAUCAUCAUCGCAUCGCUAAGUAUGAAUGGUCCGCAGAAGACGUUUUCUACGGCGAUGCGAAUCUCAGGGAAAGGACAUUCCGCGGAGUUUCACCGAACUCGCGGUUUUUCAACGAGCUGACAGCGCCGGACCAGUUCAUCAGGAAAGUAUGGGUCCUACGACGAAAGCCAGAAGCAGUAGCAGCCCUAGAAGCGACAGAAUCGCGGGCACCAUAUUAUCCAAGAUACGAGGCGCGAGGCUAUCCGCAGCGAUAUGGACCUAGUUUCCCAAGAGGAGACGAAGCCAUGCGAGGAUAUCUGCCUGAAAUCCAGGGAGCAGCGUCGCAAUCCCUGCCAGCUAUUGGCGAAGGAGCACAACCCGGAUGGCCUCGCAGACCUGCUGCUCAGGAAAGGAGAGAUGAACGAGUUCGUCCUGAUCAUCGAACUGCAAGCAUUGGAAGUGAAGCUCGCCCCGAUCACCGAACUGCGAGCGUUGGAAGUGGAGUUCGAUCAGGAUGGCCUUAUUCUGGAAGACAGAGCGACAUCCCUACGGAUGUUGAAAGUGAUGUCGAUUCGAGAACCGACUCUGUUGGCGGCGAGGUUCAACCUGACUGGCGCAGACUGGAAGGUAGAGAAGAACAACGCCGCGUAGAUGUCGAACCAUCUCAUCGCCAUGGACAUCGACCCCACGUCACUCACGUUGUAAAGCCAACCGAUCCGAAUGAGAUAUUGGCCGACACGGAGCAGAUUGAAUCUUCGCAGGAACGACCAGAGUGGCCUGCUAGACCCGCUGCUCAAGAAAGGCAAGAAGAAGAGAAAGAGGCUGAAACGACUCCACCUUCCCAACCAAGAGAGCCAGUGCGCUUCCGUUAUGUGAAGCCGCCUGUUAUUCUGACGGAUCAGCACGGCAGACGGUAUCAGACUAAGCAAGAGAAUGGCCAAACCUUCUACUAUGCGGAUCCACAUAUUCAAGAAGCUACGGCUGAUCGAAGUGAGCAGAGAGGCGCAGACACUCGUCAGACACCUGAUGUGGAAGGAUGGAGACCAGUCGAAUCACAAACAAGACCGGAUCACGAUCACAGGCACGCACAGGCCCAGGACCGACAAACCUAUCAGGAACAUCUGCGGCAGAUGCAGGACUAUGAAGCUAGAAGAAGAGCCCAUCACGAAGAGUACCGUAGACAGUUGGAGCAACGAAGACUGGAAGCGCAACGUCGUCGGGCUGAAGAGGAGAAACGCCGAGCGGAACAAUUUGCCCGCGAAGAGGAGAGAAGACGACAAGAGGAGGAACGAUACCGAGAGGUGCCAGAAGUGCUCGACCUAGAGGGUGGCCUCUCGCAAAUCUCUCCAUCGCAAACCGAAGUAAAUGAUAACAGCGGCGAAAUAUCGGAAUAUCCUGAACGCCUUCCUCCUCCUCGUCCACUAUCGAAGGAAGAAGUGGAAAACGACGUUGUCUAA